UGUUUGCUUUUUUUCUUGACAUAGGAGGAGGAAUCUAAUGUUCAGUGGUAUGACACAGUACAGAAUCAGUGCAUUAGAUCUGCAAGGACAGACGGCCCUAUUUUUCAUGCACAUUUCCAUGUCAUUUCAUCUCAAGCCAAAGCUGUACAGUGCUUCUGAAAAUGAGGCUACUCGUUGAGCAGGAUUGAAGUGGAUCUAGGGACAAAUGGAUGACUAAGUAUUCAUAUGAAGAGGAAAGCCAUAAAAGACGUCAGCGCCUUUGAAAACAGAAUGUUAAUGCUGGAUGGGAUGCCGGCAGUCAGAGUUAAAACAGAGCUGCUGGAAUCUGAGCAAGGGUCUCCAAACGUCCACAACUACCCAGAUAUGGAAGCUGUACCCUUGCUUCUAAACAACAUGAAGGCAGAUCCCCCAGAGGAUUCAUUAUCUACAGAUCAUUUCCAAACACAGACUGAACCAGUGGACUUAUCAAUAAACAAAGCCAGGUCGUCCCCUACAGCAGCUUCAUCUUCACCAGUUUCCAUGACCACAUCAGCCUCCUCCCCUUCUUCUACUUCUUCUUCUUCGAGUCGACCAGCUUCAUCACCCACAGUAAUAACGUCGGUAUCCUCAGCAGCAUCUGUACCAUCAGUAUUAAGUCCAGGUCCUCUUGUGGCUUCUGCAUCUGGUGUCGGAGGUCAGCAAUUUUUGCACAUUAUCCAUCCAGUUCCACCUUCAAGCCCCAUGAACUUGCAGUCCAAUAAAAUGAGUCACGUGCACCGUAUACCCGUUGUGGUACAGUCGGUACCUGUUGUCUAUACAGCUGUGAGAUCACCUGGGAAUAUGAACAACACUAUAGUAGUGCCACUGUUGGAGGAUGGGAGAAGCCACGUCAAAGCACAAAUGGACCCCCGAGGCCUAUCUCCCAGACAAAUUAAAAGUGACAGUGAUGAUGACGACCUGCCAAAUGUGACCUUAGAUAGCGUUAAUGAAACUGGAUCUACAGCGCUCUCCAUAGCCAGAGCAGUACAAGAAGAGAGCAUGUGGGGCUGUGCCAGGUCAGCUGCUAACCCUUUUCGUUUUUUCAACUCCAGUUCAGUUUCGCCAUUCAGUAUUGAGAGCACAAGGCGUCAGAGAAGGUCUGAGUCUCCAGACUCCAGGAAGCGACGCAUCCAUCGGUGUGACUUUGAGGGAUGCAACAAAGUAUACACAAAAAGCUCCCACCUGAAAGCUCAUCGGAGGACGCACACAGUGCCAUAAGUGUAAAGCACAUCACUGCCUGUUUAGUCUGACGUCUCCAAUGAACACCCACACCGUCCACUGCCCUGACCCGUGGUCUAUUCCUGAAAAGUUAUUUCUUUCACUUGCACAAGCAACAACUCAAUUGUCAGCUAAUCCAUCUUCCCCCCUUUUUUGUUAUUGAACAGUCCAUCUGGAGUGAAAAGUCGGUGUCUGUGUUUUUAUUCACCAUUAUGCAGUAUACUCAGCCCUCUAUGUGCAUGAUGAGGAGUGACUGCUGGUAACCACCUUCAGCUUUGCACGCUGAGCUGCUGCUCAGAUAAGUAGGGAUUUCUUUCUACGUGUGGAAACGAUCACAACAGCAGCAUCCUUGAACCUUGGGAUGAACAGAGCUCUGACAAUGCAGACUUUCACCUACACAUUUAUGAUACCAUUCCUCCUCGUCAACCUGCAAUAGGGAAGCACACCAAUAUAGGACAUUUGGCUCAAAAACCUGUUUGCUGUUCUCCAGCCUGCUGCACUGUGACUGAGGCAUUAGGUUUUGGCUGCAAGUUGAAAGGGUGAGGCUAUGGGAGCCAAAUUUUGGUGGUUGGUGGGAAUUUUGCCUUUUCCAAAGAAGAGCCACCUUUGUGGGGCAGACUGCACUUGGACAAAAUCUCUUCAGUGCAAUGGUUGUGCAUGCUGUGGAAUCAUGCCUCUUGUCAACCCUUCCAUCCUUGCAAACUGGACAAAGUUGCAACCUUUCUACAUGCAAAGACCUAAAAGUGAUCAACAAAGCUGGGGCAACUCAGUAGUUGGAUAAGAAAUAACAGAACCGCAGAACUGCAGAAUGGUUGAGGAUGGAAAGGACCUCUGGGCCCACCUGACCCAGCCCGACUCCAGCAGAGCCACCUCAAGUGGGGUGCCCAUGUUUGUGUGCAGGCAGAAGAUCACCAAGGAGGAGAACCGACAACCUCUCUGGGCAGCGUGUGCCAGUGCUUAGCCCUCUGCACAGCAUAGAAAUGCUUCCUGAUAUUCAGGACAGUACUAACCACUUCACAUCUCUACCUGACUGCUUCAGGCAUUAGGCAGAACUUUUUUUCCUCACUGAGGUUUAGACCCAGUCUGUAACUGGCCACAUUUUUUUUUCAUUCAGGGGUAUUUUCUCUGAGAGGCCCUGAAUAGCAGCAGUAGCCACUACCCUUCCUGUUGGAGCAUACUAACGAAGGCAUUUACUGCCUCACAUAUUUGUCUUAGCAAGAAUAUAUAGCCCAUAAUAACUGGGGCUGCCACUUAGGGAGGAAUGAAUAACCAGAUUUAGCCAGUAAGCUCAAAUAUGUCAAUAUAUUUUAUCCCUCAUGUUUUUGUUUAUAUCUUUGCAUAACCACUCUCACAGAUGUACUGUGCCCUUUCCUGGUUAUCUUUCUCAUUCACUGGGGAUAUUGAUCUAUAAAAUCUCCUUUUAAAAUAUCUCCAGUGAUUUCUUUUUUUUCUGGGGUGACUUCUCUACGCAUGUAUUUUUGGGGCCGUACAGAAUAUCAACAGACAGAAACUAACAAUAAAGCCCAGAAAUGACCGCAAAAGCAAACACUGAAACAAGACACUUGCAAAGCUCUAUAAAUCUCCAGCAAGAUCAGGUUGCUGUUUAAUCUUUAUAUACAGGUACGUCUCAAGGUUAUCUGCUCCUGUGGGGUUCACUGGAGGCUUUUGUGAUUUGUCAUCCACUCAACUCCUUAUCAGCCGAAGGUAUUUCCCCUUGUAACAUUUAUUAUGGGCUCUCCUCUGUUUCUUACUCAUGUCGUGUCGUCAGGGAAUGCUGAUAUGCAGUCUGUAAGGAGUUGUAAAUUUCCCCCUCCUGUGACCAAUUGACCAGUGGGAUCAUAAAUGUGACAUGCACAGUGUAAGAUAGGCAGCACCACAAAUGGAACUGACAUCGUUCUCUGCUCUAAAUACGAGUGAGAGCAAGGGAAUUAGCAGCUCUAGCAGCUCCAUAACCCUUUCCACCAGGACUGGUGUGGUCACUCUUCCAUGCCAUAUGAUUUCAUUUUAACAGAGAUGAAUCCAGCCUUUGCUGAUAGAUACAACCAUGAAUUGCCAUGUCUGAGAAACCAGCAAGUUUGGGAGAAGAGUGCUCCAAAACUGCUCUAUUGAUGUGAUGGUAUGGAGCCAGUCUCUGUGUGGCUGAGGCAGGAACAGUAGCAGAUGUCCCAGGAUACAGCUUCUGCCUCCAAAGUCUGGUAGAAGUAUGUCAGAACCACCCAACUGGAGGGCUGGCUGCUGCAGGACACUAUCUCCCACUGCUCCAUAGGUUUAUCCAGCACACAGAGCUCCUGUAAUUCCCAUUUGUUCUUAAGUACAGGCAGUGCCCACACUGACAUCAGAGAUCUGGCUGGUAGCACAUACAGACAUGCAAGUAUAAAUAUUUGUACAUAGGUUCACACAUACAUGCACAAGCAUACAGUCAUGCCCAAACAUAUAGGCACUGAGUACUUUAGUCACCUCAGUGAGCAUUUAUCUCUAAGCACAAGGAAAAUUAAUGACAGUAUCUUUGGAGUUAGGUCACCGAAGUCAAACCCAUGGAGCCAUUUUGGAGAUCUUUAAGAUAUUAAAUCCAAAAGGCCAAGAGAAGGACAUGAAUGCCCAGCCUCUUCUUAUGCCUAACACCACAACUGAGCUGAUUUUUCAAGGGGUGCCCUGAAGGCACCCUCCAUACCUGACCUGUUGUCAUUUUCCAUGAAGUCACCUCGAGCCCAGCCUGAGCCUGGACUACAAAGUCCAUCUGACAGGACUGCCUGGCCACCUGAGGAGGGUCCCCAGGCCACCGGGACAACCUAGUGUUAUCCACACCGUGCUGCCACCAUUGCACAUGCUAUGAGCGGAAGUGGAUAAGGGAGACACAGCCCUGGGAGUCAGCAGGGAGACGAAGCAGAGAUUUCUCCCACCAGAGAGGGGUUAGGAGCUUCAGCUAUCAUGGUAACAGCAAAUCUGUAAUUAUUCAAUAUGAAAUUGAUCUCCACAGAUGCGAAAUGGCAACACAGCUGUUUGAGUCAGAUAGUGAAGUAUGCAAUCUAUUUAUGAGGUGUGUUCCCCAAAAAAUUGGGAAAAAGUCAGCAUUUCUGCAAGGCUUUUUGGUAUAUUUAUUUAUUUACAAGGGAUCAUUUGUACCAGCUGGAGCUUUUCAGCUUAACUGCGAGUAAACUGAGAUUUCUCGGAUGCUACAGGCAUGCCAAGAAGGGAAUGCUGUAGAGGCUUUAGAGCAAAUAAAACAGAGAAAGAAAGGCAGUUCAUCGUGACAAGUGGAGAGAGGAGAACACAGGGCCCACGCCGUUCUCCUUCCUUGGAGCUGCUUUGUUUCCCAUUUUGUUUGACAUCUAUAAUCAAAGCCUCAGCACCCUUGCUUCAGUUAUAAUAACUUUGCUUUGGUUAUUACAUGAGGCUUUGCAGAUGAACACACAACACGAGUUUUUAGCCUCCGGCACUGACCACUCCCAGACAAGAUGCUUGUUCCUGUACCACAGUACGUGUGCUUCUGCAAGUUUCGUUUAUCACAAAGCAGCAGUACAGACACAAGAAAAGUACAGUGGGAGCCAGGGGCUCAAGAUGAGGUUUGGCACACAGUACAUCAACAGCAGAAAAGGCUUAUUCCUCAGGCUUUCAUCACUAAGAGCAGCUGGGAAGAUGAAUGUAACUCAGUCUUGGUUACUGCAAAUUAAAAUAAAUGAGUAACUUGCCAAGUGUGGGACAGAAGUGCUACAUUCAUGGGUUUCUUUAUGUGGGAAAAAUUAAUGUGGCCCUUUGGGACCAUCAGCUUUAGUUUGAUUUGCUUUGAUAGCUAUGUACCCAUAAACUUAAUGGAGGCUUUGGGGCUCAAAAUAUUUUUAUUCCAUUUCUGAUAUAGGCUGCUGCUCAUAGACUGAAAGACUGCACCUUCAGCGCAGCAGGACUGGGGUGCCAUCCCUGUUCCCAAAGGCAUGACAGGAAGGUUAACUCAUAUUCAUAUGCUUGGUGCCAGCCCUCAUUAGAGCAGACUGAAGCAGGAUUGCACUCAUCCGGGAUCCAGAAGAGCCCCACUUGCUAUGCAGUACUGUCAUAGUAAAAGAGGUAAUGAUUAUUUUCUGCGUGUUUUCCUGUUCUCAGGGGGUCUGUGACAGAGGCGGAGCUCUGCUGUGGGCUGUUGGGGUCCUGGAUUUCCAGCUGCAGGAGAAGGAAGGCUGUGUAUGAUCUGAGGUGUGGCACCAGGACAUGAGGGGUGUCUGAGGGUGCAGAGCCUGUGGGAAUAGCAUGGGUGGGUGAUGGAAGAGCCAAGCUCCACGUUCUACCAGAAGUGCUCCUCUGCAUGAGCCAUCUCAGCUGGGAGGGCUUUGCCAGGAUAAUGCUUUCCUGGAAAGAGAGCCCGCUGGGGAAGUGUGGAGCAGACAAGAGAGGGACCUAACCAUUCUUCCUGACUUCUGCAAUCAGACUUACCACACAAUUGCAAAUCACAGCAUAGCUGAAGUUGGAAGAGACCUCUGGGUCCACCUAGCCCAGCCUGUGCUUCAGCAGGGCCACCCAGAUCAGGGUGACCAUGCCCAUGUCAAGGCAGUGCUUGAAGUUCUCCAAGGAGGAGACAUCACAGUCUCUCUAGGUAACUUGUGCCAGUGCUCCACCACUUGCACAGAAAAGGACUGUUUCUGAUGUCUCUAGAGAGUCCCUUGUCAGUGGUGACUGAAGGCUUACCCUUGCCCCAAAUCUACUUUGGAGUUUUAUUUUAUUUAUUUAUUUUUCCUCAAGAUCCAAUGACUUAAUGUACUGGAUUUAGAGUUGUUUGUCUGACUUCAUGCCAAAGCCAAAGGCCAUCAAAUGUAUCUUGUUUCUCCAGCAUAACCUAUGCCACCUGUCUUAGUAGUACACAUACCAUGCUGACUCCAGGGGCUUCUGCAUGAUGCACCGACACCUUAGUUCACAAAGGACCUGAAUGGGAAGUACUUAAUCUCUGUCAUGUAAUAUGUUUAGUUGUAAUGAUAAUAAUAUACUACUUGGUGCUUUUACGCAUAGGAGGAGCACAGGAUGCAGAACUCAGGGUUUCUCAGCAUCAUUUUGCAAACAGCUGCAUUACUCACAACCACAAACAGCACAACCGGAUAAUGCAAGUCACCAGUUCCUGCCUGGGGAAGCAAGGCUCCCACUGCUUGUUAGCCAAGCUGACAAAUGCUCUGGCCUUUGUGCAGCCACAAUGUGACAGAUUCAGGUGGGUCUAUUUGGGGUUGAGAUCCUUAGGUCCUGCCUGGCACAGGGACAGGAGAAUAAGCAUCUGGGGGCGAAGAAAGAGGUAACAGCAGAAUGGAGAAUUGGUAAACCAUCUGCAGCAUGAAGAACUAAGAUAGGAGGGAGACAGGAUGACAGGAAAAGGGCUGAAGGGAUAUAAAGCAAUAUGAAUAACCCUGAAGCUGCGAUGAGAGUGAAGUAUGAUUAGAUAGGAAUCCUAUGAGUCAGGGUUAGAGGAAAGAGAAUCAUGGCAGUGCUGAGACGCAAAUAUAAUUAAUUAGGUUGUGAACCACUGAAUCAGAUGAUGCCAAAUGUAGACAUUUGUGCUUCCUCACACCUUCAUUUGUAUGUGCUACAUAAAGGUUUACAGGAAUACCUUUACAAGCUUGUAGGAAUUAUUGACUCUGGUGUAUUUUUCCUCUUCUGAAAUGUGGUUUUCUGACCCCAUGAUUGAAAUUAAACAAAUGCAGAGAGACAAAUCUAAAAAACUGUGUAUUUUUAUCUGAAGUGUCAAUUAUAGCAAUUUUAUAUCUAUUUUUGUUACAGAAAAAGCAAGUGUUUUGCAUCCCAUGUGGAUAUCUAGGUCUUCCCAUUCUUUUGUAGUGUAAAAGCAGUGUUUUUAAUCUUGGCAGGCAAGAUCAUGAGUCACAGGCUUGAAGAUUCAAGUAAAUGUGAAAGAAAUACUGGUAGGGAUACUCAUUCCUGUUUAUAACAGGUGUUUUAACUUUCUCUAGAAUUUGGGAGUUUGGCUAACUCUUGAAAAGCCUGUAUGAAAUGACUUAAAGGUCAACAAAGAAUGGUGUGGUGGUUUUUUUAUUUGGUUGAUUGGAUUUGUUCUAAUUUGGUUAUUCGUUUGUUAUUUUUUAUUGAGGGAGCAGAGGAGACUAUGUGCCAGUCUGGUUUUAAGUCAGACCAUACAUCUCAGACAGUUCAAGUCAACUUUAAGGAAACCCACUGUGCAUCUAACUAAAAAUACCAAGUUUAUUUUGUUUUCACUGCCAGCAGAAAUGGGGAAAAUUGACAUGUGUGUAUUCAUUAAUUAAGCUGUGAAAAUUCAUAUGCUCCAAAUAACUGAUGCAGGCUCAUUUGGGAUCUGAAAACGUUCCCAGGUUUAUUAAGUAUGCAUUGAAAUGUCCUGGAUGGAUAAGCAGAACUCAUUCCACAAAUGUAUUCUUCAAAAGAAACUCUCUUUUGUGGUGAAAACCUGUUGACCAAUGUUCCUUUUAAUGUGAACGAGUAACUUUUACAGUGCAAAAAAGUGGGAUUAGGUUCAACCUAACUCUAUGGCCUCUUCCUCUCAUAGACAUUCUCUCUACAGAAGUGGCAAAGAUGCCACAGAUUGAACCUGCAAGACUGAGCACUAUCUGCAUUGCGGUUUAUUCUGUAUUCCCAUGAAGACGUACAGUUUCAUAUUUCAGAUAUACAACAAUAGAAUUUGUGACAAAAAUAAAAGCAGUGGCCCCAGCACUUGAUUGUAGCAUGAGCUUUUACUUGGUGGACAUGUAUGCUUAACCACAACACCAGUGACAUGUCAGCAGUUUAUAGACUGGAAAACAGAGUGAUUAAGUUCUUUUGGCAUUGCGUUUCUCACAACAAAAAAGAAAGUCCAAAGAAAAGGAGUUACAAAAAUGUGUUUUACACUGGAGGCCCAUUAGCUCUUUUGGUUGGAGAAACUGUUUUGCAGCCUCCACCUGCAGUAUUGUGAGAGAUUUGUUUCAUGCUGUGUUAAUCACAACAAACAGACCUCCCGAGUAGCAAUGUGCGUUCUUAUAUAAAAGAUAAUUUGGGGGCUGAGAAGACUAGAAACUCAAAUUUGGUCAUAAUUAUUGGAAGGUCACCUAGGAAUUCUGGAGGAGUUUGUUUAUCCUGAUUCCAGCCUGCUAGGUCCAAGAAAAUACACUUAAUUCAAUCCAGGUGACUCUCCAUUAAAUAUAAUCUUGUCCUAAUUGGUGCCACCUUGACCUCUACUUGUGAAGUCUGUUCUGUGGUCUACAAGUCUAGCUUUCAAUACUCAAACACACAUUCUUCCAUCUGAUUCUCCAUUUUUUCAUUAUGAUAGCUCACUUCAUAGCAGGCAUGAAACAUAAAGAUUUUGUAAUGAGAUGUGUCUAAGCAGGAUGGCAAUGGCUUCCUUAGACUGCUGGCCACAGUGGGCGUGUUAUUCACACCCAGAUUUGUUGUUGCAACUUUUGAGAAGUCUAAGAUCAAGAGAUCGGUAAUUCAUAUGCACUACUCUCUGGUGCUUCCUGGCUGCUUCUACAGCUCGUGGAGAGCAAUGUUAGUGUUAAUUAGCCUGGCUGGUACACCAAAUAGAUCUGGUAUGACCACUCCCCUCCAUUCAAGUACCCAACUCUGGCAAUCAAGGGUAGCAGGAACCAAACUGAACACUGCUCACUCUCCCACAGAGAGGUCUCAGUGUCUGAUUUAUGUGGCCAUGGAGCAGGCUGCAUGCACCAAUGAGUUCCAGUUUACAUCCCCACUGGAGUGCUUCCCUCCUUGAGGUGACCCUUUUGCCCUGGCAGCCCUAUAGCAGACUUGAGAUUGCUCAAGCAAAGCUAUUUCCAGAAGAUCUUAACCUCUGUUAAUUUGUUCACGUUUGCACUGCUCCAGUGAGAGGAGUAACAGGAAGGUUGAGGUGCUUUUACAAAGUGGUGGACUGAAGAGCAUUAAGAACCACAGCUUAAAGCAGUGUAUUAGAUGUCCUUCACUUGGCAUCAGGGCUUUUAAUCUGAUGUGGCAUUUCAAGCUGAUGAAAGGACUGUGCUGAAUUUCCAUUUCUGACAGAAGCGGAGAAACAGAAGCUUCAUUAUUUCACCAAAAGCCACAGUUUCCAUUCUGGGAAGGAACAGAGGAGUUAAGUAGCCUGUAUUACAGGCAAUAGCCAAAAGAGAGCUUGUCAUCUUUGAUCAUUUGCCGUUGGUAGGAGAUUUUCUGUGAAAUGUGGUACAAAAAAUGGACUCAACCACUGACAUAUAUUAAUAUACUAAUGAUAUUAAAUCUUGGCUCCAAUGCUGGCUGCUGCUUCAGAGCAUUUGAAAACCUGAAGUUCUUGAAUUAUGUACCAAACCCUUGCCACCAAUUCAUCUGGCAACGUUUACAAAUGUCAUAUCAAUACUUUGCCAGCUAAGAAUAAAGUGAAAAUGGUGAACAGGUCCCAACAAGCCUCAAAUAGGUAGAAAUUGGAUAGAAAUCCAUGCAGAGUGCUUAAAACAGUUUACAGUCUGGUUUGAGCUGUAGGUUGGCAUGUCAGGUACUUUACACAAGCAGGAGACUUGAAAGCUUUCAGGUAAAUGAUAUGAAAUCUGGUGCUAUUAAUAAAACUACACCAUUGGCAUAAGGAAGCCAAGCACUGCUGAUGGAAUACACAUAUUCAUUGUCAAGAUAACAGACAGUGUAUUUUGUAUGUGGUGCCUGAAUAACAUCUACUUUUUGCACGUUAAAAAGGCAGAUAUUUUGGCCUUCUUUCAAAGCCACAGCUGCCAGAGUCACAUGACAUUGUGAGACUGUCUUAAACAGAGGCGAGGGCUUAUCAUUCUCAGAGCAGUAGAGAAAAUUUAAAGUUGGAAUUCUCCAAGAAAGGAGAAAGCAAAGAGAAGGAACACAUUUUUACAAUAUUAUUAUUUUUAAGCCAAGUCUAAAGUUGGAACACUAACAUGAAGAUUUUUAGAAUCAUUUUGAUAGUGAUAUCUGACAUUUUGGACCAAGCUGAUAAUUGAUAUCAUAAUGUACUCUAUUACAGAAAAGAUUUUCAUGUCACUAUCCGGGAGCUACAUGCAGUUUCUGAAGCAAAAUCUGGAAUCUUCAGCUUUGCACUGGUGGUGUGGUAUGAGAUUCCAUAUCUGCCACCUUAAGGCAUCAUGGUGGAGUAAAGAAAGAGCUGGGUGGCAGAAAUGGAUGAGAAGAAAUUUAGUAGUGAGACCUGUUAAACUGCCUAAAAAGAGAUUAAGAGAUUGUCAUGGUUUUAUGAUUUUUGGUUAUCGGUAUUUCACAUCAUAACAUCAUGUAGUGCACUGGGACUUAAAGAGUUAAUGUUCCAGAUUUUAAGGUCAUGGUACAUAGGUCUACAUAGCAAUGGUGGUGUGGAAGGCAGCAAGCACAGAGGACCCUGCUUUGUUUAGAGACCGAUCAGUGUUUUAUGGAUGUGUGCUGUGAUGCGACUUGAAUUUCUUGAUACUCGGAAACUCACCUCUGCCAAGCAUCACUACAUUCCGUGACUGCUGCUGUUGGUUUAGGAGGAAUCAGUCACCAUUUCACAUGGGAGUGCUCAGAUUAGCCCCCAAAAUCCACAUGAACAUGCUGACCUCACCUGGAUGCAGCUACAGAGUGUGGCAGCAGUACUAAAUCAGGGGCUGGGGCCAGAGGAGGCCAUGUAUGUGUUCUUCUUGGAGAACGGGUAGGAAGCUAAUACAGGCAACUGGGUCUGGGUUGUUCCUUCUGCUAGGUCCAUUGCAGCCAUACGCUUAUGCCAUGGUGUCCUACUGUCUGCUCUAGGACUGCUUUAGCUAAUCUAAAACAAUUAACAGACUAUUGCUGAAUGCAUCAGAUACACACAUUCUUUUCAGUUUGUUUUACACUCAACUGACCAGACUCUUCAAAGCACAUUAUCUGCACAGAAGGACAUAGGUAGGUAGGUAGCUCUAUGGUUCCCUGUUUAAGUGAUGAAUUUUCAAAGGAGUUGAAAUUCACCUGGCUGCUAUUUCCUUUCAGAGUAGCUUUGACUUUCAUGGUACUAUGCCAAGAAAGACGUCUUUAUUUGUGCCCUUUCUACCGGCGGUGUCAGCAAACUACUGGCAACAACACGUAUUAGCGUCUUCAUCAGAACAAGGAUUUAUGGUGUCAACACUAACUCCAUCAGGGACAUUACAUCCUUAUAAUUCAUGGAUGACUCUUGUACACAUGAAAGGGAUGGCCAUGAGCCAGCUAACAAAGAAUAAUUUUAUUACUUACCUCAGCCACAAUGAUUUGCUUAAAUAAUAAAAAUAUACUGGUGCGACAAGGAAAAAUUAACACUGAUAAACACAAAGGAGAAAAGCUGGGAAGUACUCAGCAGUAUAUUAAAUAUCCAUCUUUUUGGCAGCACCAUUUUCAGCUUCUGAUGUUUUAAGCUGGUUGAAGCUUUAAUCAAUAUUUACAUUUUAGUCAAGAGGAACACAGCAUCAUUAUUUGAAUUUAAUGUAAUAACCAAAAGAAUGGCAGUACUAUAGGGCAGGAAAAAAGUGUACAGGCAGCAAGUUGCAAUCAUUCCAUACUUUUAAUGCAAAUUUUACUGAAUAUGCCCAAGAAAAGUUAUUAAGAGGAUCUUUCAGAAGCCUAAUUAUUUCAUACCAGAAGGAAGAUAAGCAAAAUCAACGUUAAAGGAAGAGGUACAAACAGACCCCCACUGCAGAUUUCCAGAUUCUACACUGCUCACAUCAGACUUGCUUUUUCUUUAAGCUUUUCUCAGUGGUAGACGAUCUGCAAAAACACGAGUACUAAAACUAACCAGAAAAUGGGAUUUCUUUUCCCAUGAAAAUGUCAUCAUUAUCAUCACUGCUGUUAUGAAUAUGUUUGCAAAAGCAGCUUUUUGUUUCAACAAUGCAAUUUACUUACCUGGAAAUUAUCAUUUUCUGUAUGGAAAAGGCACCUUGUGGCAUCUGUUACUGGAGUGUUCCUAUGAGCUGAACAUGGGGGAGAAUGUCACUCACACACUUCCAUUUCCUUCUUGCCAAACUGUCUCAAGGACCUGGUGGCUGCUGUGAGUGAUGGGAAAUGUAUUUCACAUAAUGCACUUGGCCCGCAGAGGAGAAUUACAGAAAUACAGAAGCAGUCAUCUUGGUAUAUACAAACUGAAUAAUUUGAAGUACCUGUUACUUCACCAAAAUCUCCAGCCCGCCAAAAGGCUUUUCCCCUCUUUCCCUGGUCUCUGACCUGAAAACCCUUUUUAAAAUGAACAAGUGAACAAACAAAACCACUUAUCACUAAAAGUCAGUCUCAAUGGAAUGUUUCCAGUCAAUUCAAAUGAACGUGUUUUUGAUAAAUUGAAUGUUUGCAAAGAAAACUAUGGAGAAGGAACAUUAACCAAAGACAUUGGCCAUAUUAACCCAUCCCUCUUUUACUAAAUGACAGAAGAGACUCAGCAGUCA